AUGUUGCUUCGUUUCACGUCGACGACAUCACGAGAUACAAAGAACGAGCAAGCUAACCUCACCAUCUGCAAACCAGCCGAGUCUGCCACUACCGCGGACCACGCAAAAGAAAAGGCGAAACUUCGACGGCAGCAAGUCCGCAAGGCGCAGAUCCAGCACCGCACGCGCAAGGCAAACUACAUCAAGCAGCUCGAGCUCGACGUGUGCAAGUUCCGGGACAUGAUCGCCGCCGCGGAGAAGGAGGUGCUCGCGUACCGCCGGGACAACGAGGGCAUGAAGGGCGCGCUGAGGGCCCGGGGGCUGAGGGUGCCCGAGGAGCUGAAGGGCAAGGAGAAGGAUGUCCUCGUCGGCGAGGUGAGGAUCGCCGCCGCGGAGGAGACGCCGGUGGAGGAGCCGUCGUACGAGGAGGUGAUGCAGCAGCCGGUGGAGGUUCACCCGUGCCAGCCGCAGCACUCCCACGUCCCCGCGCCGCCGCCGCAGCAACAACAACAGUUCCAGCAGGAGCAGACGGAUACGCAGGUGUUCAGCGCGGAAGAGCAGCAGAUGUUGCCGGAGGAUGUGUCAAUGGCGCAGCCGUUGGAUUACGACCCGUACCCCCCUGCCGACCUGUUCGGGGACGUCAACAUGGGCGACAUCACCGUCACGAUGAGCAAGGACGCUACUCUUGGCACGCCGUGCUUCCAGAUCAGCUCUUCGUCCACUAGCAACCUCUCAACACCGGUGCGGCCUGCUACGCCGGAUCAGCUGUCUCCUGAGCAGGAGAUCAUCGCCAUCAACCUCAUCCUUGCGAUGGAACACAUCUGCUGGGACCACUUCCACCCGCGCCAGUACCCGCGCCACGCCGACGUGACCAAGGCGGCCUCGGGUCACACGAUGAUGGCCUCAACAAUGUGCAUGUCUUCCGCGCCAGAGCGUGUGUACCGCUCGAUCCGGCGCCGCGAGGUCGAGACGCAACACACGUGGCACGCGCACUCAGGCGCCGGCAGCGCGCUGACUCUGCGGUCGCUGCUUUCGCUGGCCAAGACGCUGAACCCGGGCGACAUCGAGCUGACGCCGGUGCAGGCGUGGUUCGAGCUCGCGGCGCGGUACGGCGCGCAGGCGCUGAUGCAGGAGCCAGUCAUCGAGGCGCUCAAGAGGGAGUUCUGCGGCGUGGUGGACUGCAUCCACUUCGGGGCCAUCAUCGAGCGGGAUGCCUUUGAGAGCGUCGUGGCGAGGGUUAUGGCUGAGGUCGGGGUGCCUGAGUUGCCGUGGGAGGGGAUGGAUGUCGAUGUCGGCGGCGGCGGGCCAGCGAUGACGUCGUCAUCUACGGAACAAACGAUGGCUCAGGUCGAUCACGAAAUUCAAAUCGGAGCCGAGGAUAAUAACCCGGUCGAAGACGGUGCUGAGGUCCAGAGCAUCGCCUCCUCGCGCACCAGCCUUUCUGAGUCUCUUCGCGACUACCACUUCGAGAAUGGCAGAACUUAUCACCGGUACAAGGAGGGCAAGUAUCAUUUUCCGAACGACGAAAAAGAGAAUGACAGAUUGGACCUGCAACAUCACCUAGCCCUUCUGACUCUGGGCGGCAAGCUCGGCCUCGCACCACCGUGUGACCCAGAGUACAAAGUCCAGAGAGCUCUUGACAUCGGCACCGGCACCGGUAUCUGGGCUAUCCAGUACGCAGAUGACCACCCCGAGACUGAGGUCCUCGGUGUCGACUUGUCUCCCACGCAACCUGACUUCGUGGCACCAAACGUCAAGUUCGAGGUCGACGACAUUGAAGACGAGUGGACUUACACCAAGCCAUUCGAAUACAUUCACAGCCGUCACAUGACGUCGAGUCUCGCCGACUGGAAAGCCAACAUCACACCAGGCGGUUACCUCGAGCUUCAAGAAGCCGAAAUGGCAUUCCUGUCCGAUGAUAACACACUGCCAGCCGAUUCCGCCCUAGUGCGGUUCGCCGAGCUUCUCAGAGGUGCAGGUGCCAAGUUUGGUCGCAAUUUUGUCGUGGCUAGCGAACUGAAGGAGCUCAUGAUUGAUGUGGGUUUUGAGAAUGUCACACUGAGCAAGUAUAAGUGGCCUCUCGGGACGUGGCCUAAGGAUCCCCAUUUCAAGGAGCUUGGUAUGUUCAACCACGAGAACGCAAUGAUGGCCGCGGAUGGGCUGGCUAUGGCGCCCUUGACCCGGGCGUACGAAUGGACGCGCGACGAAGUUGAGGUUUUCCUGGUGGAUGUGCGGAAGGACCUCAAGAACAGGGCGUACCAUGCCUAUGUGCCCAUGUACUUUUUGGUAGGACGCAAGCCGGCAACAACAGAGAAGAAGGAUAGUCCUGCGCCGGCUGUGACCCCGGCUGCUGCUCCAGCAUCGGAGGAGACUACGACGCAGAGCCCAGCUCCAGCUCAGUCUGGAUCGCCUAUCUAA